AUAGUACCAAUUACUUCUCUCCUAAUUCAUGUUCUUCUUCUCGUACUCAAAGAACAUUGAUCAUCCAAGGAUUCUUUCACCCUCCGAUCAAUUGAUCUUAUGUCCAUGGCCCUGUUCCGAGCCGUAUUUGCUUGUCCCCAACAACCAAUUCCUACCCCAAGAUUGUCGCGGCCACAUAUUAUAAGGUCUGAUUACCAAGAGUGCAGUAUGUCUCGGCCGAUCGACUAUGAUAAUUCAAGGGCUGCCCUUUGCAACUGCAUUGUUUCUUCCCCUUUAGGAGCCUCUCAUCAUCCAAAUGGACUUCACAAAAUCACAGGUGGUUCCGAAGGUUUACACAGGAGGAGGCUGAAGGAAGUGAGGCAUUUACUCGAAAAAGUGGAGAAGGGAUCUUUAGAAAGUCUAGUUAUGGUGGAUGCUCUCCAACGGCUUGGCAUUGCCUACCACUUUGAAGAGGAGAUAAAGAGCAUUCUGCACGAGCAUCUUCUCAUUUCUACCUUCGAUGGCUACCCAGGCAACAUCAGUCUCUACGAGGCCUCACUUCGUUUUCGACUUCUUAGGCAAGAAGGCUACUUCAUGCCUGCAGAUAUUUUUGAGGGCUUCAUGACCAAAGAAAAAAGUACUGUUGGAUAUGUGUUCGACCUGAAGUUGUGGAAGGAUAUUUUCGGGCUAAUGAGCAUGUAUGAAGCUUCCCAUUUGGGCAUACAAGGGGAAGAUAUACUCGACGAGGCGGCGGACUUCAGUAAAAGAGCUCUAAUUCUGAGUGUCGCUAAUGAUAUUAAGGGCACGAGUUCUCAAAUAUUAAAAGAGCUUGUGAGCAACACAUUGUCAAAUCCCUUCCACAAGAGCUUGCCAAGGUUCACUUCCAAGAGCGUCCAGGGUUAUUUCGCAUGGCCCUAUGAGUGGACGGGAGCAUUUGGGGAGCUGGCCAUUUCAGACACCAACUUGGUUCAAUCCAUUAAUCAGAUCGAAAUCCGACAAAUCUCCAAGUGGUGGAGUGAUCUAGGGUUAGCAAAGGAAUUGAAGUUCGCACGAGACCAACCAAUGAAAUGGUACAUGUGGCCAAUGGCAAUACUGCCGGACCCGAAGUUGUCACAAGAGAGACAGGAUCUCACCAAGGCUAUCGCCAUGAUCUACAUCAUUGAUGACAUCUUUGAUGUGUACGGAUCUCUUGAUGAACUUACUCUGUUUGCACAAGCCAUUAACAGAUGGGAAUGUAACGAAGAGUUGCCCAACUACAUGAAGGCAUGUUUCAGGGCUCUAGAUGAUAUUAUAAAUGACGUCAGCUUCAACGUCUUUGAAAAGCAUGGAUGGAAUCCAACAGAUUUAAUCAGGAAAUCGUGGGCGAGGCUGUGUGAUGCAUUCCUGGUGGAAGCGAGAUGGUUCACUUCCCGCCAUUCUCCUUUGGCCGAUGAGUACUUGAAGAACGCAAUUGUCAGCUCCGGCGUACAUAUCGUGAUGGUCCACUCGUUCGCAUUCUUGUCUGAAAGUGUGAAUCAACAUAGUCUUGAGAUGAUGCUAAACAACUUUCCGGGAAUUUCAUCCUCAACGGGGGAGAUUCUACGUCUUUGGGAUGACCUUGGAAGUGCCAAGGACGAGAAUCAAGAAGGGCAUGAUGGGUCAUAUUUGGACUACUACAUGAAGGAGAACCCCAGUUGCUCACUCAAGGGGGCAAGAGACCAUAUGAAGGAGAUGAUCUCAGACGCAUGGAAGAGCUUAAACAAAGAAUUCUUGUUCCCCGACCCAUUCUCUCCUUCUUUGGUUAGGAUUUCCCUAAACACGGCCCGAAUGGUCCCUCUUAUGUAUGAUUACGACGAGAACCACCACCUCCAGAGAAUCGAGGAGUACAUGAAGUCAGUGUUGCACGUUUAACGCGUCAUUUUAAAAGAAAUCACCCUCCUCGUGCUCAAAGAAUCAUCAAAUGCACUUUUGCAUGUAUACAUAGUAAUUGCCAUAAUCUUUUUCAAUUAUCGCAAUUCAAUAGGUUCUUCAUCACUAUAUCAUUGUGAGGUCAGAUUAUAUAACUAUGAGAUUUUCUCAUAAGUUAGUUUAGUUGUCCUCAUUUGGGUUGUAAGCUUAUUUUCUCAUUGUCAGGUCAGAUCAUAUAAUUAUUUUAUCGGAAAAACUUGUAACUAUGGGGACAAAAAAUGUGACGUUAUUUACUGUAAAAACUAGAGGUUUAUUUCCUUAAAUGA